UAUUAUUUAAAGACCGUCCACCUUCGUCGAAAUUCCGGUAUUUCCUUGAGUUAUCACAUCAUAACCACGUCGGACGAGCGUCAUAUAAUCAACACCAUAGCUUCCUAGGCACUUAUAGAUUAUCGACUACGACACUUAAAAUGAAGACCUCCACGUCCUUGUUCUCCGUCUUCAUUAGCAUCUGCCUAGCAGGUGUCCAGGCUGAACUGCCCUACAACAUUCCAGAAUGGCGGAGAGAAGCUAGCCCUCCUAUAGUCCCAUCGGAGCAUUCGACAUGGCAAUACCAUCACCACAAACCCACGGGCACGGGUGAACCCCAUCAUCCUCAUCCAACCAGUGUUUAUCUACCUCUAGGUCGAGGUAGUCAUCACAGACCACACCCUACUAGUUAUCCUCAACCAACCGGGACAGCCAGUCCUCACUAUCCCUGCAAGACUGCUGAUGAUUGCGUGCGCCUCUCGUGCACGCAGCAUAUUCCCCGAAGGGAACCGACUUGUGUUCAAAGCCGGGUUGGAAAAUUCUGCUCGUGCAUCAUUCCAGGACAGAAAUAAGAGGAAUGGAUGGAUAGAAAUAUGGGCUGAUUGCUAGAGAUUUCUAGAGAUUUUUUAGUCUCCUUUUUGGUAGCUUGGUUACUCUGGUUGGGCGUUGUGUAUUUAGGUGUGCUUUACUUGUCACUUCCUUCUACGCGGAGUGGAAGAGACGUGGCUCUUCCUAAGAAGUUUACUUCUCCUUGGAUCUUAUGUUACGCUAUUGAGAAAAGUUCUAUAGCAACACAGGCUUAU